AUGGGUAUCUGCACGUCAUCAGGUGGCAUCGAGAUAUCAGAAGAUGACAAACAGCGGCAUCGUGAGGCUGAGAAGGUAUUGAAGGAGGCGAAGACGAAGCUUGCUGUUCAAGUUAAAGUGCUGCUACUCGGGUCUGGAGACUCAGGGAAGUCAACAAUCUUGAAGCAAAUGCGCCUCAUCCACAAGAUUCCCUUCACGUCAAACGAAGUCGAGAGCUACCGGCAAUUGGUCUUCAACAAUCUUACCCAUGGUCUCAAGUACCUACUCGAUGCCAUGGAGGACAUGGGUCUCGAAGUUACACCGGAGAACGUCGACUACGUCGACAUGAUCGAGAACGCGGCCGAUAUCCGAGAUGGAGAGCCAUUUCCCACGAGUUUCAUGGGUCCCCUGCAGUCACUAUGGUCAGACCCAAUGGUACAGAAGGCUUGGGAAAGAGGAAACGAAGCCGCCCUGCCAGAAAACUUGUCGUACUUCUACUCGGACCUAGAGCGACUUUUCUCCAUUGACUACAUCCCAACCGAGCAAGACAUCGUUCGCUGUCGAGCAAGAACAAUCGGCAUUACCGAGACCGUCUUCCAGCUCCGAGAUCAUGAGAUGCUGAUGGUUGAUGUUGGCGGGCAGAAGAGCGAGCGAAGAAAGUGGAUUCAUUGUUUCCAGGAUGUCACAAGUAUUCUUUUCCUAGUCAGCUUGAGCGGCUACGACCAGUGCCUUGUGGAGGACAAGGACGCGAACCAAAUGCAGGAUGCUAUGACUAUCUGGGACUCAAUAUGCCAUUCCCAGUGGUUCAAGGCAACAUCUAUUAUUCUAUUCCUCAACAAAAAUGAUCUGUUCGAGGCCAAGGUUGAACACUCUGAUAUCAAGAACUUCUUCCCGGAUUACGAGGGCCCACCAGCAAACGCACGCGAGGGUCGCGAAUAUUUCAAGAAGCGGUUUGCACGUCUAGCUCAGAAGGCUGGCCGAUCGAAAGAGCGAGAAAUCUAUAUACAUAUUACUACGGCGACGGACACGGCUUUGUUGAGAGUGGUUAUGGCAGCUGUUGAAGCCAACCGUGCUCAAUCGUUUGUAUCGUCGUAUGUCCCUCCUCAUUACUUCAGCAUCGUUCUUCGCAAUAACCUAGAAGUCGCCGCUUUGAUUUAA